AUGCUAAGCUUUUCAGUCCAUUUAUUAGCACUCGCAAUCAAGAUCUGCUUUAUAAAGAUUAUUAAUCCGAUUAAAACUUUUUUUGAUUCUUUGUUUGCUGGAAUUUUUAUGCAAUCGAUGCUAUGAUCAGAAAUUCUUGUUUAUGAGAAAAAUAAUGCUUUGGGCAGAGAUAAUUUUUGCAGAUACAUGCAUAGAUUCCAUCGAAAGAAUCAAAGGAGCAGCUUAGCUUUUGCAUAA